GACGGGGAUCUAGUUUUAGUUGCCCUGCCUACUGCUUUGCAAGUGUGUGACUUACUGCAACCCCCCCACCCGCUGUUGCAGUAGCAGCAGCUACUGCUUUUGGGGUUCCCUCUGAUUAAAAGGAUUGCAGAGGAUUUUUACGGAUUUGGCCUCGGAACACUUUCGGAGAACCUUGGAAUAGCGGAGGAGGCAAGUUGCGGUUGCGAUGCUCUAGUCGACAACGGGCGCAAAGGCGAGAGGCGGUAUCUGGGGGGAAAUACUUGCAGAGGAUCAGUGGUGGUUUUAUUCUCGUGCUAAUUGGUUGCGGAUGUGGUGUGUGGUGGUCGGAGCGGUGACUAGAAACGCAACUCGCUGACUACGCAUUUUAAGGGGACUCAUUGCUGAUUAUUGUGUGGGUGGAUAUUUGAUUGUCUGGAAGUCCGUUUGAAUGCUGAGAUUACUACUUGAUGAUUAAGGGCACAUCGUUCACACUGGUUUAUGGUGGCGCUGUCCUGUGAAUCCCUUGAGUCAGUUCAUGGAUCAUAUUUAGAGCAGGGAGGGAGGAAAUCGAGGAGAGUUAGUGGGUGGGGCCAGAAAAAUUGGUUCAAAUCGAUUGGAUGCUGUGGGGGAGCAACUUGGCCGAGUCGGUUGCUGCAGGUGUUCAACGCUUGGGACUCUUUCUUAUUCUUGUUCUUUUUUCGUUUUUAUUACUUUUAUUUCAUAUAUAUAUAUAUAUAUAUAUAAAUAUAAACACAGAUACACACAAACACACACACACACACACACGCACAUAUAUAUAUAUAUAUAUAUAUAUAUACAUAUACAUUAGAGAGAUUCUGCUGUGACUUUCCUUUUGUAGAAAUGUUGGGAGCUCGAUGUGUAGCGCCGAAGUGCUGUGUAGGUUUGCGUGAAUCGGUUAUGGUGGAUGGGCUUUCCGGCAGGUUAUAAAUGACCAGAGCUACUUUUUUAGUGAAAGAUUUUGAGUUUGGAUUUGAGUGACAGAGUUGGGGUGCUGGGUUUAUGAGAUUGCAAGUGAAUGGUGUCACUGGGCACGGCUUCACGAGAGAAAGAAGCGGAGUAGUGGUAGUUGUUGGAAGGAUUUUGUGUGAGAUUUUGAGGAGAGAAGAGGUUUUUGUGAGCUCUCUGUUCCUUGGGUUGUUUAGUGUUGGGGUGAGUUUAUCAUGGCGACUAAUCAACCGCCGAAUCCAUUUUCUCUUAUCCGGGCCGCUUCCAUCACGCCCGCUGCGCAGAGUAGCUUGCAAUCGCUUCUCAGUCAAAGCUCUCAGGAUUUGGCGGAUUUCGUGUGGCCGGAGGAGGAACGACCGACAAUCCCUCACAAUGAUUAUCGACGCGAUCGGGAGCUGCCUGUCAUCGACUUGUCCGGCUUGCAAGGUGGAUCUGAGGCGACGAAGUUGAGGCUAGCGAAGCGGAUCGCGGCUGCCUGCUCAGAAUGGGGGUUUUUCCAGCUCAUAAACCAUGGCAUCCCCGUUGCUGAGCUUGACGAGGUGCAGAUGCAAACCCGACGCUUCUUUGAGCUCCCUAUGGAGCACAAGCAGCGCGCCAUGACUCUUGAGACUGCCAACGCGAGCAAUGUAUAUGGCUACGGGUUGAACACCACUGGGUACAAGUACGCGGGUCGCCCCUGGAUCGAGCGGUUUCAGUGCAGCUGGUCUCCCAAGUCCAAUCUCCGAGAGCAGGCGCAGCGAUUACUAGAAGGCCAAGCAUUCCAAGAUUUCCAAACAGCUGUGGAAUCCUUCUGCUCAGGGGCAGAGAAGUUGGCUAAGCUUACCCUGGAGUUGUGCGCUCUGGGGUUAGGCCUGUCUCCUGAUACUUUUAGCAAGCAUAUGAAUCCUAGUCAUUCCAUUGCGCGUUUGAAUUAUUACCCUGCUUGUCCAACCCCAGAUCUCACCCUCGGUUUGGGCGCGCACACCGAUCCCUACACCCUCACUCUGUUGCACCAGUGUCAAGUGGGGGGAUUGCAAGUGUGCAAGGACGGCAAAUGGAUUACUGUCAAGCCUCGACGAGGCGCGUAUGUCGUCAAUGUCGGAGACAAUCUCCAGGCGUGGACCAAUGGACGAUUCAAGAGCGUGGAGCACAGAGCUGUCCUGAACGACAAAGUCCCGCGUCUUUCUCUAGUAUUUUUCUACGCUCCUCCUUUAGAGACCGUGAUAACUGCUCCUGAUGCGAUAAUCCAAGCAGAUGGGAAGCGACGCUACAAAAGCUUCACGUGGGCGGAGUACCUGAAUUUCUUGAAGAGGCAAAAUUUUGAGAAAGGCAAGAAUGAGCGAUGGGUUGAAGGCUUUGCACUCUGAGCCUGAUAGCUCGCCCCCGUUAAUUUGAAUAGGGGACGACUAUCCUUGUACAUUUCUUCACUAGCUACUACCACGUUUAGGGCGACGUUCUGCCCCGCUUAUUUUCUGACCAGCUUGAGCGUGCCAAAGUGCGCUCAGCGGCGAGUUUGUCCCAUGCACUGAAACCCUCCUGCAUGUAACAUGGAGGCCCCGGGAGCAAUUCUGACGAUUUUGAAGUGAACUGAACCAUGAGCCUGUUUACAAUAUGCACAAAUUAUUUUUUUGGGUCAGAAAGGGUUCCAUCAAACUAUCUCUUUUCUCUCCCAUCAAAUACAGCUUUUCUACUUCUCUUUCUUUUUCUCUUUCUUUUUCGUUUCCAUUCUCCAUCAAUCAGUCUUCCAAAACUCGGUCGUGGUUGUAAAGGUCUCAUCUCUGUUUCAUCUUCUGUGUUUGUCUAGCUAUUUGGUCUUCACACCCACAGUGACCACUGCGCUUUUUAUUUUUGUUUAAUUUUUUAAUUUUUUGUCUUCAUCUAUUUUUUAUUUCGUGUUAUGAUAGAUUAACGCGAGGAUUUCUGUGCUAUCCACGCUUUCUUAGCUCAGAUACUAGCGUAGGCCAGAGCGGUGGAUCUUAGGAUUCAUCUUAGUUCCAGGCUACUGUGUCGAAUUUCCUAUCUGGACUGCGCCUCCAUCGAUUUAUGUUACUCUUGCAGGUUUUAGGAGGAUGAGUAUUUACAAGGAAUUAGAAUACGGUAACCAUGGUUUAGAAUGUUAGUUUUGAAUGAUUUCGAAAUCAUGAACCAACAGUUUUUGUUUGAAAUACUGUAGCAAUUUGUGAAAGCCGUAGGAGCAAUCUCUGGAUGUCUGUGCAUCCGCUAGAUUCGCUUCAAGACAUUACCUGUUCGCUUGGAAGCUUCUAUGUGCUGAGCACGGUUCCUGAAACGAAUAAACAAAAAAUCUACAUAGGUUACAUGCA